UUGUGUCUCGUGGUUGUCCGCCCCCGGCCCCACCACGGCGAGGAGCAUGAAUCCACCGUCCAUUACUCAUGCCAGCAUCGCGAUGCGCACCUCACACCGCCCCAUCUGGUCUUUGUUCCCCCUUCCCUGCGCGUCCGUCUGUCUUUCCCUGCGUCUUUCUUACUUGACAACGGACCUCGGUGUUCCAGCUUCAUGGCGUCUUCCAGACGAGGUGAUCAAUCCAAUGGUACCAUUGAUCCACAAUCUGGAGCCCCACUAGAGCUUUCAGUUGCAUUUCCUCAAGCAACACCAGCAUCAAUCUUUCCUCCUGCAUCAUUUGACUACUAUCAGUUUGAUGAUUUGUUGAAUUCAGAAGAGAGGGCCUUAUGUAAAAGAGUCCGAGGUGUAAUGGAAAAAGAAGUAGCUCCAAUAAUGGCAGAGUACUGGGAGAAGGCUGCAUUUCCUUUUCACAUUAUUCCUAAGCUUGCUGAGUUAAGUGUUGCUGGAGGGACUAUAAAGGGAUAUGGGUGCCCAGGGCUCUCUAUUACUGCUAGUGCUAUUGCCACAGCAGAAAUUGCUAGAGUUGAUGCUAGUUGCUCUACAUUUAUUUUAGUCCAUUCUUCGUUGGCGAUGCUUACAAUUGCACUGUGUGGAUCAGAUGCACAAAAAGAGAAAUAUUUACCAUCGCUUGCCAAACUCGAUAAAAUAGCUUGUUGGGCAUUAACGGAACCAGAUUAUGGAAGUGAUGCUAGUGCAUUGAAAACAAUAGCCACUAAGGUUUCAGGAGGUUGGGUUAUAUCUGGCCAAAAACGAUGGAUUGGAAAUAGUACAUUUGCUGAUCUGCUAAUUAUUUUUGCAAGGAAUACUAGUACUAACCAGAUAAAUGGAUUUAUUGUGAAGAAGGGUGCUCCUGGAUUAAAGACCACAAAAAUUGAAAAUAAGAUUGGCCUGAGGAUGGUUCAGAAUGGUGAUAUUGUUUUGGAAAAAGUUUUUGUCCCUGAUGAAGAUAGGUUACCAGGUGUAAACUCCUUUCAAGACACAAACAAGGUUCUUGCUGUUUCACGUGUUAUGGUUGCAUGGCAACCAAUUGGGAUAGUGAUGGGAGUCUUUGAUAUAUGCAACAGGUACUUGAAAGAGAGAAAGCAGUUUGGAGCCCCAUUAGCAGCAUUUCAGCUUAAUCAGGAAAAGCUUGUUCGCAUGCUUGGUAAUAUUCAAGCAAUGCUUCUCAUUGGUUGGCGUCUAUGCAAAUUGUAUGAAUCUGGGAAGAUGACUGCAGGGCAAGCAAGCUUGGGAAAGGCAUGGAUUACCUUAAAGGCGAGGGAGACUGUUUCCCUUGGGCGAGAAUUACUCGGUGGCAAUGGAAUUUUGGCUGAUUUUCUAGUUGCAAAGGCAUUUUGUGAUGUGGAACCAAUUUACACAUACGAAGGAACCUACGAUAUAAACAGUAUGGUAACUGCCAGGGAGAUCACAGGGAUCGCUAGCUUUAAACCUGCUGCUUUGAGGAAAUCAAGUCGUCUUUGAUACUAUCUAUUUACUUAAGUGCAUGCUCUGUUAACUUUCCAGGCAUAAAUCAAAAUCUGCACUAUUGGACUCAAAGAUAAGAUACAUCCUGCAACUAAACUGACAGGAGUAGAAAAGAACAGGCCUUAAUUUGUGAUCGCCAGUGUUUUGAUUAUUAUUUCCAUGUCAAAUGCUAUUUCAGAUAUCAAAUUUGAAUGUGUAAAAUAAAAUAAAUAUCAUCUUAUUUUAUGCAUGAAAAUUUAAGGA